GCGGUACGGGAAUCGGUUUGAUGUCAGCAGUUCGUGGUUGAACAACGUACCCAACGGUUAUAUAGAAAUACAAUGUGGAUCGUCCGAAGUGAUAUAACACUAGUUGUUAUUAUUUUUGUCUACCUCGUAUUAGGGCUUACAGAGAGUGGAAAAGAGCAAAGGAAACUGAAGCGUGCUAAUCUGAGACGAAAUAGGAGAGUUAAGGGCGAAUACAUUGUAACAUUUCAUCCUAAUGCCACAACUGAAGAAGUUGAUGGACAUCUUGCGGAAACAAAGGACUUCUUCAGAGAGGUUGAUGUAAUUCAUGUCGGAACUGAGACCCUUCGUAAGAAAUGCACGCGAAAGAGAAAAUUUGGCGGAAGAAGAAGAGGAACUCUUGUGUCAUUAGGAACCUAUAAAUCAUAUGUUGUCACAUGUUUUAGAGAACGCGACCUCGGCAAAAUCACUUCUUACGACAUAGUGGCAAGAGUUGAGGAGCAGCAGAUCAUCCAAGUUGAGGAAUCGUGUAGAAAUAUAGACACAAAAGCAAAAGGUCUCUGGAACUUGGACCGAAUAAACCAGAGGUCGCCAAUCUUAGAUAACAUCUAUAACUCCUCACAAGGACUGGGUUCUCACGUUGACAUCUAUAUCGUUGACAGUGGGAUUGAUAUAAAUCACCCGGAGUUUGGAGGAAGAGCUAUCUAUGGAGAGAACUUUUACAGUAGGGAGAGCCCGAUGGAUAAAGAUGGUCACGGAACCCAUGUAGCAGGUAUUGCAGCCGGGAGCACGGUUGGUGUUGCGAGACAUGCUACAUUGAUCGCUGUAAAAAUAUCAGAGAGAGGGAACGCAGUCGCGUCAUCGUUGAGUGCUGGUAUUGUAUGGGCAGCUAAGAAAGCAGCAAAUGGUACUAAACAGGCAAUAAUAAAUUUAUCCAUAGGGUGGCCUAGAGAAGAUUAUGAUCUCAGCCAUGUUAUAUCCCAGGUGGUGAAGAAAGGAGUUAUAGUCGUUGUUGCUGCCGGUAACGAAGCCAGUGAUGCGUGCCGUCACACACCCGCAAAUGUGCCAGAUGCGAUAACUGUUGCAUCAAGUACAAAAGAUGAUAGAUUAGCUGACACGACCAACAUCGGCAGUUGCGUUGAUAUUAUAGCUCCGGGUGAAGAUAUUCGUUGUCCAGAUUUAAAGGAAAAGUACACAAUCCGUUCAGGCACAUCAAUGGCAACGCCCCUAGUGGCUGGCGUUAUUGCAACAAAUUUAAACUCUGGGACAACCUUUGGUGACCCAUCACCGUAUGUUGUGGCUGAAUGGCUUAGGAGUGCAAUGACCGUUGGCGCAAUUGAUGUUUUGGACUCGGGUACUCCGAAUCUUCUACUUUUUGGAGAACCAUGCGAUGUUUCAGUUACUGAUAUUAAGGGCAUUUGAUUUGUAAUAAAUUGUUUGAUAUA